AGCACGGGAGUAUAAGGCGGCCUUGUCGAUCUUACCGGUUGCAACUAAGUUGUCUGUGUAUGCUUGCCACGACAUCUUCGAGAUUAAUGGAUGAAUAGGAAUGGUCAGAUCACCAUUCCUUUAUAUAUUGUUUGUCCGACACAGUGGCACUUGGAAGAUUAUGUAAGCGCGCGCAACACAAUAGCAAGAGUAGACGAGUGGAUUUGUAGUUGGCGGGACAUUUGCCCCAGAGCACAGUGUUAUAGAAGUCUGGUUGGUAGGGGCCCGAGGAGCCAUGAUGGGGCAAAACUACCCAUCAAUUCCGGCUGCCUGGAACUUCUCUCUUGGGGUGCAGCACAAUGUGUCAGUGUGGUAUUGUCGUGUUCAUGAACUUACACACCUAAAAGGGUAAGGAUGUAUCCAUUGGCCUGAAGGGACAGUACUGCCCCUUCUGGUGGUUUGGCCUUCCUGGCGAGGAAAUACUCAAUUUAAAGCUAGGCUCUUGAUUAAUCCCAGG